GUUUGAAAAUGGCGGCCGCACCGUUCGUCAAGUAUGAUGACGGGGCCGUCCCCGAUGGAUUUGCAGCAAAUUGCUUUCCUGUUCGGACAUUACUGAGAAAUACGGAUGAUGGAAAUGGAGCAUGGCUGGUUGCUCAAAGGGCAGAGCAGAGACGUCGUUUCAAGGCAGUUCUCUGCACAAAGCCACGUACAUAUUCUAGGAUCAAAGGAGAACGGAAAAGGGCAGAGAAACAGGGCACAAUUUUAGCAACCCAGAGCUUCAUUAAUGAUGAUGAGGAUUUGGAAGAACCCCCAGUUCUUGAUGGAUUUUUUUUGAUGAAGCACUGCUGUGUUGAAGACCCCGUAGAUCUGUGUUCUGUAAACAUUGCCGGGAAGGAGUUGACAGAAUACAAGGAGGAGGACUUCCAACUAUUUGACAAUGUGGCGUAUGUCAAUGCAGCAGAAAAUUAUCUCCCCCUUGAGGCUUUUCGAGGAUUUCCCAUCAUACGAGAACUUGAGGUCCCCCUGAAUGCCAUUAGAAAUAUCAAACUGAAUCCUGGGGAUUAUCCCCAUCUAGAGAUGGUGGACAUGUCCUACAACAAUCUGUCUCAUGAUGACGUCCUAGCCCUCGGCACGUUACCUUCACUGAAAGUGCUUCACCUGACAGGGAAUCACUUCCGCUCCCUUCCUGUUGACCUGGCCAUCCCCUACAUCGACCCAAAUAGUAAACGACAAGUACCACGCUUCAAGAAUUUAGAAAUUUUGAUGUUGGAUGACAACAGGUUGUCCGAUGUGCGUGUGUUUGCAGCUUUAGCUGGUUUGAACAGACUGAGACAUUUGAAUCUUGAGAAGAAUGAAAUAUUUUAUGUACCACAACUUAAAUCUGUGGAGGGAACAAUGGUGGUCAAUGAGGAUGAAAAAGCAGCAGAAAAAUUAAGGAAAUCUGCUGUGAAAUCUGCUAGAAAAUCAGCUCGAACUCCUCAUUCAGGAAAGCAGACAGAACGAGAACCGGAGGUAUCUGUGGUUGUUGGACAACCAGAAGGGGAAAAAACUGACAUUUCUAAAAUGGAUACAACUUUGGCAUCCGAGUCAAUCUUAGCCCCAGCUAACACUCUGGAUAUCAGGUCAGAGGUCAAAUCUAUGGAGGACCCAGCUAGUAAAAAACCAGAAACAAGUAAUGUGACAGAGCUGCUCGAGACAGAGUUCAGUGGAACAAUGGGAGACUUGUCGGCUAGAAUAAAGGAUCUGGACUUCACUGUCGCGUCACCACACAUCAUAGAUACAGCCAGAGGUGAUGUGCCACAAACCCUCAAAGAUGAGAAAGUACCAUCAUUUCCACCGUUCCCCGAACUACGCUACCUCAACCUAGCUAGGAACACUAUAGCUGAGGAGGAAGCCCUACUGGCGGUGGCAGCAUGGCCGAUGUUGAUGGAGCUGAUAAUCCACUCUAAUCCACUAACCACCACCAAGAGUGGUGAUCCACCACUUCUCUCCCGCUUCCUACAUGACAGACUCGGAAUCAAACUUAUCCGCAAAAAACAGAGCGACAACAGCUUUAUUAAACCUAAAGUGGAAAUCACACAAAAGAAAUCACGCAAGGUGACCACUAUUGUACCAAAGAUCCCUAAAAUUCCUCUGGAGGAACGUCUGAUGUUGGAGGCCCCUAAACCGCCCCCAGGACCUAAACCUGACCAGACUAGAACAGGCCACAGCCAGGUAGUCAAUGCCCUCGACCUUCACAAUAAACCCCUGUCACCUAUCCCAGGAACCCCAGAUUACAGCCGACCAUUUUCUGCAGGAACAGAGAAAAAAUCCGAGGGAACCAAAGAGGACGUGAACGAGACAAAGAACGCCUGGGAGGACGAGAGUCACCCUGUAGUUGAGGAGGGAGUAGUGGAGGAGGAGAGAGGAGGAUCAGCUUUCUUCAUGACACAGGUGGAUGAACAGGAAGGAGAGACCUCCAAGAAGGAAACAACAAAGAAAGAGAAAAAGGAAAAGAAACAGAAAAAGAAACACAAGGAGAAGACGAAGGAGAAGGCAGAGGACCGGUACAAAGGUUACGAGAUCCUACUGGACUGUGAGGACGACCCAGAAUUUGUAGCACCAAAAGAUAUGCAAGGUAAUGUCCGGGCCUUGAAAUACGCCCUGAACCAUGAGUUGGUGUAUCGCGACUCAGCAGCUCACCUCGACCGAGUCACCCGCCAUAUUGAACCAUAUAAGAAGUGGACACUGCCGGAAUUGACACCUCGCCGUACCAAACAGGAGGAAAUCAGUGAAACCCUGGACUUUGUCAGGACACGCCCCACAGUAGAGGAAUCCAACCUGGGCGAGGUACUCAAAACUCGACGUAAACCACCCAGCGACUUGGCCGACGCUCAGAAACUGCUAGGGGAGAUUCAACGUCGAUACAAUGCAGUACGAGUCAAUUCUAUGAAAGAAGCUAAAGAGGCGAGAACAAUGAUCAGCGGCCUUCAUGAUGUUCCAGGCUUAAAGAAGGAUGCACAUGUCACUAUAUCUUAGCCCAUGUACCAUAACAGUUCUCAUCGUCUCUUACACUAUUACUGUUUGUGAGAUCAUGAACCAUGCAAUAUUACUAAAACAAGUUUGUUCUGUUUGUCAAAACACAUCCGUACUGAACUCACAGGAUUUGUGGCAGUGUGCAUAAUUGUCAAAAAGAGUGGUUUACUCUGAACGUGUUGCAGCAUGUGUGAUUUCUAUCAUUCUCUAAUGAUCGUUGUGAAUCUGUAUGCUGUGGUUCCUCUUAUAGUUGAUGUAGGUCCACCACUUUACCGGUACGUCAGUGUACAGGAUGUAGGUCCACCACUUUACCGGUACGUCAGUGUACAGGAUGUAGGUCCACCACUUUACCGGUACGUCAGUGUACAGGAUGUAGGUCCACCACUUUACCGGUACGUCAGUGUACAGGAUGUAGGUCCACCACUUUACCGGUACGUCAGUGUACAGGAUGUAGGUCCACCACUUUACCGGUACGUCAGUGUACAGGAUGUAGGUCCACCACUUUACCGGUACGUCAGUGUACAGGAUGUAGGUCCACCACUUUACCGGUACGUCAGUGUACAACUUUAAAGCUAAAACCUUAACAAGUCAUUAUAUAUGAUUUAAUGUUUCUCUGGGAGUAUAUCAAUGUAGAGUCUGAUAAAAAACCUCCAAACUAAUUAAAAUCAUAUUGUCCAUUUGACAGUCCGUUUUCACUAAUUUGUUAGAUGUUACACAUGAUACUGAAUAGAAAUGUGGAAUUAGAUUUUAAUAAGAUUUUACAUCCUUGCACCACAUCUGGAAUCAGUUCUUAGAAUUCCUGUUAGUAUAUAGUGUUAAAGAAAUGUUUGUGGAAACUCUUGUGCAUACAAAUGAGUUUGCCACAAAGUUGCAGCAAAACUGAUUUGUUUUUCCAAAACUCAGUUUUCCUAGCGACAAACUACUACAAACUUCUGAUUACACUUUCUGGAAAGAAGAUUUGUUUGUGGCCAGUUUGUAGAAAGCUUGUUGUCAACUUUUCGUACCUCCGAUAGAUAUCCCUGUAUCACAUGGAAUAGUGUUAUAAUAUGUUUAUAGUGCUGUGUUGGAGGUAUAAGGUGUUUUAAUACUGCCAACAAUAAAUAUUAGGAUGAGUGAGGUACAGUGUGAGAUAGGUGCUUAAAACCUUCCAGAGUAAAUAUUAAGUGA